GCGGGUGGGAAAAAGAAAGAAAACAGAGUGAAGACCAAUGAAGAAAGAUGAGAGCAAAAUUGGAAGGAAAAUAAAUGAAAUGCAUGCAUUCGUCUAUUCUUUCUGACUCCACACUCCAAGUUCCACUCUCUCUUUCCCUCUCUCGUCUCUAAAGUCGCCAUUUCAGAGUUAUUUGAGAGCUUGAAGAAGCCAUGGCGUCUGAGAGAAAUGAAACCACGACGACGACGACGACGCUGUUGCCAGUGCUUCAUAAGGAAGGGGAAGACGACGAUCAUGGCCGCAAAGCUGGAUCCGCCAUGACAAGAAGAGGAGCUUAUGCCGCCGUUUCUUAUAUGGCUUCUGCUGUUCUGUUGCUAAUGUUCAACAAAGCAGCUCUUUCUUCUUACAAAUUUCCAUGUGCCAAUGUCAUCACUCUUUUCCAGAUUAUAUGUUCAUCCACACUUCUCUAUGCAUUGAGGCAUUGGAAGAUCAUCUCUUUCACAAUGGGUGAAUCUCAAAGCAUCAGUUCUUCUGGAAAGUCGAUAAUUCUUGUACCUUAUAAGACUUUGGUUCAAACACUUCCCCUGGCCAUAUCAUAUUUGCUUUACAUGCUUGUGACUAUGGAAUCGGUUCGUGGGAUCAAUGUUCCAAUGUAUACAACACUGAGGAGAACUACUGUAGUAUUUACAAUGAUUGCUGAGUAUUUGUUGACAGGCCAGACUCAUUCACUUUUUGUUGUUGGCAGUGUGGGGAUGAUUAUACUUGGUGCAGUUGUAGCUGGAGCUAGAGAUUUAUCAUUUGACACCUACUCCUAUAGUGUGGUCUUCAUUGCAAACAUAUGUACCGCUAUAUAUCUUGCUUCUAUUGCCCGUAUCGGGAAAUCUAGCGGCCUGAAUACCUUUGGCCUCAUGUGGUGCAAUGGGUUAAUAUGUGGACCUCUUUUGCUAUUUUGGAUAAUUCUACGGGGAGACGUCGAGACGACAUUAAAUUUUCGUUACCUAUUUUCCUUUGGCUUUCAGUGUGUGAUGCUUCUCUCCUGUAUAAUGGCUUUCUUGAUCAACUACUUUGUAUUUCUAAACACAACUCUCAAUUCAGCAUUGACUCAAACAGUAUGUGGUAAUUUGAAGGAUGUUUUCAGCAUUGCAAUAGGCUGGUUUCUAUUUGGAGGACUUCCCUAUGAUUUUCUUAAUGUCGUUGGGCAGUCAAUUGGGUUUCUUGGAUCUUGCUUCUAUGCCUAUUGCAAGCUCCAUGGGAAAUAAGAUAUAUCAAGAUAUAUGUAUGGAGCUUCCCCUUCUAUGGCUUGGGUGUAACCUCUCUUAAUAUAUAUACAAAGAGAAACUAAGUUCAAUUAUAUUAUCAUUAUUGUGUGCUGAUCA